AAACAUACCUUGACAGGAGAGAGAGGUCAUCAUAGACACCAACAUCAAGAUCCGAAAGACAAGGUCUAUUCCAUUCUGCUUUAAAAGAGGCAAAAUACACUGUUUUGUGCUACCAAAGGCGCUCUCUCUCUCUUUCAGAUUUCUAGCUUCAGCAGGUACCAAAUGAAACUCAAUAUUUCAGCAUUAUUAUUAUUAUUGACUUCACUGUUACAGUUACUGGUACUGGUAUUGGAAGCUACCCCUUCCUCAAGAUACGACGAGAAGCUAUGGAACUUCCAAACAAAACUCCAACAAAACGCAGCGUUUAACUUCCAUCGACAUUUGCUGUCAACCGGUGAAGCUUCAAACAUCACAAGAAUUGGGCGAGUGUUUUACCCAAUUGGGUAUGGGGCAGAUCCAACUGGGGUGGAGGACAGUACCAAUGCCAUAAUGAAGGCAGUGGAGGAUGCGUUCCAUGCUCAUAAUGGCCUGGAAUUGCUGCCUGGAAUCAAUGACUUGGGAGGUGUGGUUAUUGAUUUUCAAGGUGGAAACUACAAGAUAAGCAAACCCAUUAGGCUCCCUUCAGGUGGAGGCAAUGUUGUCGUGAAAGGAGGAACUCUUCGAGCAUCACACAUAUUUCCCGGAAAUCGUUAUCUCAUAGAGCUAUGGUCUCUUUCUUCCGUGCCAAUUGACACAGAUUCACCCCACGAGUUCAGCGGUGACAGUUUGGGAAUUUACUACGAGGACAUAACUUUUCGUGACAUACUCUUCGAUUCAAGGUACAGAGGUGGAGGAAUCUUUAUAAUUGACUCAGUUAGAAUCCGUAUAAACAACUGUUUCUUCCUUCACUUCUCAACCAAAGGAAUUCUGGUCCAAAAGGGUCAUGAAACCUUCAUAUCAAACUGCUUUUUGGGACAAUACUCAACGAUUGGUGGUGACAAGGGAGAAAAGUACUUCACCGGAGUUGGCAUUGAUCUGGAAAGUAAUGACAAUGCCAUAACUGAUGUAGCAAUUUUUUCAGCUGAAGUUGGUGUGGUCUUAAGGGGUCAAGCGAAUAUGGUGACUGGGGUGCAUUGUUAUAAUAAGGCUUCUGGUUUUGGUGGGAUAGGAAUAUUAGUUAAGAUGGCUUGGAUUUCACAGACUAGAAUUGAUAAUUGCUACUUGGAUUAUACAUCUAUAGUCAUUGAAGACCCGGUUCAAGUCCACGUCACAAAUGGGUUUUUUCUAGGUGAUGCAAAUAUUGUGCUGAGAUCAGUUAAGGGCCAUAUUCAUGGGUUGACCAUUGUAAACAAUAUGUUUAAUGGGAGCAUUCAAUACAACACUCCAAUUGUGAGAGUGGAUGGGAGUUUUUGGAGCAUUGAACAAGCAGUGAUUGAUCGAAACAACGCGGUUGGGAUGGACUUAAAAUCUACCGUUGGGAAAACGGUGGUGAAAGGAAAUGGAACUAUGUGGGUUGCUGAUUUUUCACCAAUUUUGUUGUUCCCUGACCGAAUUAGACACAUUCAGUACUCGCUUUUCGUUAAUGGGGUUCCCAAGUUUACUUCUCAUGCUAUCACCAAUGUGUCCAAUAAUGUGGUGCUUGUGGAAACUGAUAAAGUCGUAAGUGGGAAAGUUUAUAUGACCGUUCAACAAUAAAAUUAAUUUCAAUUAAAUUUUAUUGUCAAUGAUUAUCCAUAUUUGUAACGAAUACAUUAAAUUAUACUAUGAAAUAAUUCUUUAGUUGUUCGCCUAUUCUUUA